AUGGAAAACAAUGACUAUAAGGAAACAUUAAAUUCUCCUGCUUGGCAACCUAUUAUUCAAAGUUCUGCUUGGUUUACUAAUAUGUAUGCGAUUACUCAUCCAUCUCAACCAAAUUAUAUUGCUAUGAUUGCUGGUUCCACAUUAAAUCACAAGGACAAUAAUUAUUUUUCAACAAAUGAAUUGACAAUUAUUGAUUUAUUAAAUAGAGCUCAAGUUAGUUGGAAAAGUUAUCAGGAAAAUUAUACAUCACUUUCUACAACGACAAGUCCUAAUUGCAACGAUAGAAUGGAACUUUCGAAUGAUUUAUAUGUUCGAAGACAUAAUCCAUUCAUGUUCAGUACUGCAGUGAGAAACAGUAUAACUGAAUGUGAAAAAAUAGUGAAUGCAAAUCAAUUGGCAAUUGAUUUAGCAAAUAAACAAUUACCACAAUUUUCCUUCUAUACACCAAACAAUAAAAAUAAUGCUCAUGACACUAAUCUGAACUAUGCAGGCAAUUAUUUACAAAAUUGGUUGAAUGUACAUUUAAACAAUCCUGCUUUUAUGAAUGGAACAUUAUUAAUUGUAACUUUUGAUGAAGAUAAUAAUAAUCCCGAUCGAAAAAAUCACAUACCAGCAUUUAUGUGGGGAAAAGAUUAUUUGUAUUCUGGAGUUAGUGUACCAGGAACAUUCAAUCAUUACUCACUUCCGAAACUCUUGGAGGAGAAUUGGGGAUUGGGUAAUUUAGGUCGUAAUGAUGUUACAGCGCCUUCACUUAUGGACAUAUGGCGACCAAAUGUAUAUUCGAAUAACACAAGUGUUGACAUAACUAGUACACCUGUCAAUAGUAGGGCUAGUUGUAAUGAGAUCGUUCGAAAGCUAUCUAUUGCCGCUUGUUAUCUAUUGAUUGUAAUAAGUAUGAGUUGCUGA